GUUGCGGACAACGGUUAGGCAGUAUCUGGCGUAGCGUCGUGUCGAGGUAGAAAAUUAGUGGGUAGUGGGUGGGAACGAGACGUGAACGAGAGAGGAACGAAGAAGAUGGCGUCGUUUAUUACCGUGCAACUAAAGAAAACCUCGGAGGUAGAUUUGGCAAAGCCUCUUUGCAAGUUCAUACAACAGACCUACCCGGGUGGAGAAUCUCAGGCCGAACAUUGCCGAGCCGCCGAAGAACUCAGUAAGCUGCGCAAGAGCGCGCUCGGGCGCUCGCUCGACAAACACGAGAACUCGCUGGAGACCCUCCUGAGAUACUAUGAUCAACUGUGUUCCAUUGAACCAAAAUUUCCAUUUUCUGAAAACCAGAUCUGUGUAACUUUUACCUGGAAAGAUGCCUUUGACAAGGGGUCACUGUUUGGCGGAUCUGUUAAACUUGCUUUGGCAAGUUUAAGCUAUGAGAAAAUAUGUGUAUUAUUUAAUUGUGGAGCAUUGGCCAGUCAAAUAGCAUCAGAACAGAAUCUUGAGAGUGAUGAAGGGAUGAAAGCUGCUGCUAAAUUUUAUCAGUUUGCUAGUGGUGCUUUCCAGCAUAUUAAAGAUACCGUCCUCUCUUCAUUAAAUCGAGAACCUACAGUUGAUAUUUCUCCAGAUACAGUUGGUACACUAAGUCUUAUCAUGCUGGCUCAAGGUCAAGAAGUUUUUUUCCUGAAAGCUACCAGAGAUAAAAUGAAAGAUGCAAUCAUAGCUAAACUUACAAAUCAAGCUGCUGAUUACUAUGGCGAUGCAUUCAAACAGUGCCAGUACAAGGAUACCUUACCCAAG